CCCCAAAACCACCACUAUAUAAACCCUAAACCCCUCAACACAACACCACAACACACGAAUUACUAAUCAAUUCCAAAGAGAAGAAAGAACACUGAUCAUUCAUCAUUCAGUUUUGAAAAUGGCUAGUUUUUUGAGGUUGUCAUGCGUGGUUCUGGUGUGCAUGGUCGUGGUGGGUGCACACACUGCGGAAGCAAUCACGUGUGGUCAGGUGCAGAGUAGCCUAGCACCGUGCCUUGGAUAUCUUCAGAACGGUGGUGUUGUUCCCCCAAGGUGCUGCAGCGGCGUUAGGAGCAUCGUGAACACGGCCAGGACCACCGCCGACCGCCGCUUAGCUUGCAACUGCUUGAAGAGUGCCGCCGCUGCCAUCCGCAGGCUCAACCCUACCAACGCUCAGACUCUCCCCGGAAAGUGUGGAGUUAGCAUACCCUACAAGAUCAGCACCUCCACCAACUGUGCCAGCAUCAAGUGAAGCAUGAAAAGGAGUUGGAUGGUGUAUCGGCUGUUAGGAACGGUGCAUGGUACUUCGUGCUAGAAAAUAGAAUAAAAGGAGGAUAUGUUCUCCGUUUAUGCGAGCUAGUUUUGUCUUUUGUUUUAUUCUACUAUAUAUGAACUUUAAACAGUUCUGUGGUUUUAUGUGAUGCUUAUAAAUUAAAUAAGACAUGUUGAAUUAAUUCAUAACUCAGUAAUUCCA